AUGGAUGCCACUAAUGAACCUGAUGAAACAAAACUGCUUGAAAUUGCUGUACCAUUACUGCUGGUGGAAUUUAUUCUGGACUCAAUGGGCAAUGCAAUUGCUUUGUGCAUCUUCUGCUUUCAGAUGAAACCUUCAAAACCAAGUAUCGUUUAUUUGUUUAAUCUGAAUCUAGCUGAUUUUCUCUUGAUGUGUUGCUUACCGUUUCGACUGGCUUACUAUGUGAACAAAAAGAAUUGGAUUUUUGGGGAUGGUGCUUGCUGUGUGCUGUUAUUUAUGGUGUCUUUGAAUCAGGCGGGAAGCAUUGCUUUUCUCAUGCUUGUGGCAACAGAUCGCUACUUUAUAGUAGUUCAUCCUCACCAUAAAUUAAACUCUAUAUCACAAAGAUAUGCAGUAAUGGGAGUAAGUUUCACCUGGGCUGUAAUGAUAGGAAUGACCUCAUACCUUCUCUUUGAAAGUCAUGUGUUUGAGCAGAAAAACCUUACAUCCUGUGAAAGUUUCAACUUGUAUAAUCCUUCAAAUGUUGGUGCAACGUGGCAUGAUGUUUUAUUUGUUGUUGAGUUUUUAGCACCACUGUGCGUUAUCCUCUACUGCACUUGCUCAAUCAUUUCAAGACUUCAGCACAAGAAAAGUGAAAUCAGAAGAAAAUUUAUAAAGGCUAAACAUGUUGUGACAGCUGUUGCCAUUGUGUUCUUACUUAGUUUCUUGCCCAGCAACAUUGGUAGAAUUGUUGUGCUGAUGAUGCAAUCAAAAAAGACAGAAACUAGCAAGGAAUACUGGGCAGCAGUUGAGGGAUUUUAUGUUACACUUUGUCUAACUUACGUUAAUAGCAUGCUUGAUCCAAUUGUCUAUUAUUUCUCAAGUUCAAAAUUUAAAAACAUUUUACAUCGAAGGCAUUCAAACAAGUUGGAAAUGAAAAAUUCUCAAAACUCAUGGGGCAUUUCUACCACCAACAGCAAGCAGCUUACACAAGGAAAAACGUCAGAAGUAGGUCAACGGCUUAAUAUUAUUCAGUAUGGAUAACAAACU